AUGGCAACUAUCAACGUGGUAAUUAAGCACCAGGGGAAAAAGUACGAUGUCGAAGUCGAUACUUCUUCGACAGGCGAAGUCCUCAAAUACCAACUGUUCAGUCUUACCGGCGUCGAGCCCGAACGGCAGAAGAUCCUAAUCAAAGGCGGUCAACUCAAGGACGAUGCCGACAUGAGCAAGUUGGGGCUAAAGGGCGGGCAGGUGAUCAUGAUGAUGGGUACCCCCGGUGAUGGCGGUGGUGCCAUUGUGCGCCCGACCGAGAAGGUCAAGUUUCUCGAAGACAUGACCGAGGCCGAGGCCGCCCAGCAAUUGGGCGCCACUCCGGCCGGCCUGGUGAAUCUCGGCAACACUUGCUAUCUCAACUCUACGCUUCAGGCGCUGCGCUCGAUCCCCGAACUUCAGGACGCGCUUGCGAAGCACAAGCACACGUCCAUGACGGAGAUUCCCCAGCUCGACCUCACGAACCAGCUCAAGGACCUCUUCAAGGAAAUGUCAGAGACCCAGAAUGGCAUGCCGCCCUUCACCUUCCUGAAUGCCCUUCGGAUGGCCUUCCCUCAGUUUGCCGAAAGGUCGAAAAAGGGCGAAGGCUAUGCGCAGCAGGAUGCCGAGGAAGCCUGGUCCCAGAUCGUUUCGCAGCUGAGACAAAAGCUGAAGUGGGAGGCACCCACCGAGGGUGAAACAGGCGGCGCCAGUUCUUUUGUCGACAAGUACAUGUCCGGCGCGUUCUCCAGCACGCUUGAAUGCGACGACCCCGCUGCCCGCGAGGGUGGUGAGCAGUCAACAUCCGCCAACGAGCCGUUUCUCAAGCUCAACUGCCACAUUGAUGGCCAAACAGCUCACCUGCGCGACGGUCUGGUCAGUGGUCUAUCGGAAAAGAUCGAGAAGAGAUCCGAAGUCUUGGGGCGGGACGUGAUGUACACCAAGACGUCCAAGAUUUCCCGGUUGCCCAAGUAUCUCACAGUCCAUUUUGUGCGCUUUUUCUGGAAACGCGAUGUCCAGAAGAAGGCCAAGAUCAUGCGCAAGGUUACCUUCCCGCACGAGCUGGAUGCGGUAGAGUUUUGCACGGACGAGCUGAGGAAGGCUCUCGUUCCCGUCAGAGAUAAGGUGCGCGAGGUGCGCAAGGACGAGGAGGACGUCGAGCGGGCUCGGAAGCGCCGCAAGAAGAACCCCAACCAGGAAGAGGAGCCUCCCGAAGAGAAGAAAGACAAGAACAAGAAGGAUAGCAAGAAGCCCGCCGCCUCGGCUGACGGCGAUGUCGAGAUGUCCGAGACCUUCAAGACGGAUGCCGAGUGGGAGGCGGAAAAGGACGCGGCGCUUUUGGAAUCCAAGAAGGAGCUGAAUGCGUUGAUCGACCCGGAGCUCCGGAAAGACGAAGGCGCCAACCAGUCGGGUAUCUACGAACUCCGCGCCGUUGUCACGCACCAGGGUGCCAGCGCCGACAGCGGCCACUACACAGCCUAUGUGAAGAAGACGGGCCCCAAGGACCCGGUGACAGGAAAGAUCGGCGAGGAAGACGGCAACUGGUGGUGGUUCAACGACGACAAGGUCAGCGAGGUGACCUCGGACAAGAUCGAUGCGCUGGCCGGCGGUGGCGAGUCUCACUCGGCACUCAUCCUCCUGUACAAGGCCAUCCCCCUGCCCACAGCAGAGGGUCUCUCGGAAUGA